CUCUGUAUAUUGAGCUUUCAUGUGACGUCAUCAACGUAUGGUACGUUAAUAGGAGUGAACCAUUCAAAUGUCGACUAAUUAAUGCCUGUUACGAACUGGGAUGGAACUUUUUUAUUUUUAUAAAUUUAGCGGCGAAGAGCAAGCAGUACAGCUGUUUAUAUAAAUUGUAACACAACAAGGUUUGGGAACUCCAAUAUAUAAUAUCAAGACAAUAUUUCGGAGAGAGUUACCUUCCGUGCUGAGAAGUGUUCACUGCUGUCAGACUCACCCAAUCGCAUUUUGCUUGCGACUGGUGGGCAGUUCAUGUAGCAGGUCUUCUUGGCUAGAUGUGCUUCUCGGCUGUGUGAAAGAAAAGGCGAAAACCUGUCAGCAGGUCUAUCAAGAAAAUUUUAACUUUUUAUUGUCUGAAGAUUUUAAAACUACAUUUUUUUAGCACUGAAAGUGUAUGCGUUUUAGCAGUUUUAACUAACUGAAAUCUUUGACAAAAUGGCGUACCCGCAGCAGACGAUUGGCAGCAACCCCCGCAUUGUUGGCAGUUGUCACGGUGUACCAUGUCGGUACGAGCUGGAGUUGUGCAAAUUUCGAGACGUCCAUCCCCGCGUUGAGCAUGUCCCUGCGUCCACUUUUCCAGAUUCUGAAUGUGAAGAAGACAUGAUGUCUUUACAAUGGCAAAGGAAUGUGGCUUUGAAAGACAGUCCUCAGCAACCCUGGCACGGAAUGUUUGGGUUGCCAUACCAUGCUGCACCAGAGAGUGAGGGUGGUCUCUACACUGGGCAACAGCAGCAGUGGACAGCAUGCACACCUGCAAAUCAUCCUUUCUCUCAGCCAUCCAGGCACUACCCACCACAGCAGGACAUUUGUUCAUCAAUGCCUGAAGUGGGUGACAGUCAGAAUCCAGCUCAUCUGGGUUACUGUCCAAGUGACGACCUUAACUACCCCUAUCACAGCCAGAUGCUAGCAAGACCAAGCUCUGCCACACAAUUUCACAUCAGCAACCCUGGACCAAGUCACCCACCUUUGGUUGGUUAUCAAGAUGUCAGUUAUAAUAGACCGCUGACAGGACGAGGCAGAGGUGGUCUGAACUUAGCACCUGGCUCUGGUCGAGAUGGAUAUGGUCCGCAGGGUACCUGGCAAGAGAGGACCCAGGGUGGUCUGUCUGCACAGGGUACUGGUCAAGCAGCACAAUACACUGGAAGGUUCCUGGCUGGCAAGGGCACGUGUUCAAAAUGGUCAGUGCCAGACAGUGGCCAGUCGUCAUCAAGUUACCGGAACUGGAAGCGAGAGACAUCUCAGGCUCCCAGCAGACAGCGCCACCUGCAGGGCUCCAGCGACCAGCAGAGGGAUGGCCCUGGUGGCAGACCUGUACUUCAGGUCAAGGCCUACGACUCUCGUCACAUGCAGCAUGUUCUAGAAAAGCCUGGCAUCACAAGUGUGGUUCCUCGUAAUGUACUGGAACAGAUGCCUCUCUCACAGAAGCUGUUCCACUUUAUCCAGUUCAUCUGCUCAGAGCAGCCACGGAUCAACGAUAUUCAGACAAUCGAGAAUGCCAUUACAGGGUGUCACUUGAACCUGAAGACACAGUAUGAAACAGAAGAUGUUGGCACUUACCAGGGUCGUCGUGUCUUCUCGGGAAAACUAAGCAUCAGCUCAGUGUUUUUGGCUCGUGCAGUUGGCCACACCAAGAAGGAACUGAAGCACGAGUGCUACAAGCUGGCUUUACAGGUGCUGAAAACAAAGAGUGUUCAGGACAUAAUGGACCAAAAGGACAUCGGCAUUGAGGUUAUUCGUGACAAGUUUGAAGAGUGUAGUGGACACAAAGAGCCUGGAAAGCCAGCCGAUGACAUUGUCAGCUUAGCCAGUGUUGUUCCCAUUAGCAUCGCAUUUGAGACGAUUGCUUCCAGGGAAGAGCGGUGGGCCAACCUCCUCACGACAGUCACAACCACAAACCUGCAGGCAGCAAACUCCAUAUGCAGGAUAGAAAUGGCACUGUCCGGAUCCCAUUGUGGGUUAGCUCGGGUCUACUCCAGCUCCAACAUGAUCCGGCUUCCCUGCAAUAAGUAUGUCUACCAAGGCAGUCUGUCCAUCGGUGGUGUCCUGCAGGCGCAGGCGUGUGGCAGCAAGAAGAAAGAAGCCAAACUGAAGACAUACGAUGCUGCGCUUGAGCGCUUCCUGACUCUGGAGCUGCCAGAUAUUUUGAAAGGUGUUGAGCCACAGGAUCUGGAAGAUACUAAAGUGGAGGAAAAAGUCCGACAUGUGAGCGUUAAAGAAAUUCGGACAACAGAGCAAAUCAAGAAGUUGGAAACGUUCAUCGAUCGUGUCAAAGAUAGUUCUGUACGAGAGGGACCGAUAACUCUUCUUGACUUAACCUCCAACCAGAUGCAGCUACUGCUAACCCUUGUCUACAAAAGGGACAGUGUGAGGACUGGUGACGGGCCCAUUCACCUCUGUCAGCUGUACAUCGGGGACAUUCUCAUAGCCGAGGGGGAGGGUAAGCACAAACGCAUGGCGCAGGUGGAUGUGUACAACAGAGCCUACGAGGUCCUCAUCUCCACCCCAGUGGAAACCAUCAUCUCAGAAAACCACCGUUUGGAACCCGGGGAGCUGGAGGACCCUGAUGUUUUGGAUGUGGUUGUCAAAGGACAUAUUCGCCGGGAAGAAUCCAACCUAACUCGACUCCGAGAACAGCAUCAAAACAUUGAGGAGGUGUUGUCGCUAGAGAAGAGUGAAGCUUUAGUGAUUGUUGAGAACCAGGACUGGACUGAUGACCGCAAGCGCCAUGCCUUCUGCAUCUUACAAAACUCCUGCAUGUUGAACAUCAUGCUCUUACGCUGGUGCAUGGAUGUUGAGACAGGCUUCUUCAGUUGUAAAGUGAGUAUACAGGGAGAAGAAAUGGGAGCAGCGCGUGCUGGCACCAAACAGCAGGCACGAAAUCUCGCCGCAGCCGAUGCCCUCUUCAAGAUGUACGAGACUAACCCUGUCAUCAGGGUAACUGCAUUUGAUGACUCACAGAUCUGGAUUUUGUAUGAGAGGUUACUGGAGAUGGCAAAAACAUUGCCAGAAAGUGAACUGCCAUCUGCUGAGGUCAAGGAGGAUGAAGAUUUAAAAUCUGUUCCUCCACAGACUCCAAAUUGUGUGGGAGAAGCUGAGCAUGCUGUUGCACUGGAUGAAGGGAACAGUAAUGCAAAGGUGGAUAAUGUAGAAGAUGACAUGACAGAGGUUCAGUUGGGAAUUGUGGUGGGCAAGCUGGUGAAGGAGUUUGUUGACAAGCAGGACUUCACACAAGAACUUGUAUUUGAGCCCAAAGUGCCAUGCUGUGUGCGCCGGGCAGUGGCCACUCAUGCUGCGCAGUCUGGCCUGCACAUGGCUCAGAGGCAGAAGGAGGGCAGGCUGUACCUAGCACUUAGCUUCAAGGUUCCCAUGACAAAGGUAGUGGAAGCCAUGAAGUCUCGGGGACUGGUAUCUGCAGGAAGGUACAUGCUGGUGGAGGACCGCAGUGAUUUGCCAACACACUCUGAUAUUGUCACCGACCUGGAGCUUGCCAGUAAGACAACAAAGCAGGACUGGCUGGCAUCUCGUCAGGCCCUAAAACAACUAGACAGAUCAAGCAAAGAAACUGGUGUUGGUAUCUCACUCAAUGGCUCUUUGUUUGAGGAGACUCUAGAUGGCUUUGUGACGGCCCAGUCUCUUUUGGCAGAGAGCAUGGUAUCUGCACAUCCACUGAUUCAGAGUACACCCAACAGAAAGAUGGAGACUGAGUUCACUGAUUUACAUCCUUCCAUUGUGCCACGUGCAGAAAGCUUUCCGACACUUUGUGCUACUGCAACAGCGAAACCUGAGCAACCAACAUCAGACAUGUACAGCAAGUUUGCUGCGGCUAUGGUGGCCUCUGGCAUUGCACAGACAUUCAUUCCUUUAGAAACGGUGGACAACAUUCUUAUCAACCCUCCCACAUCCAGUUCUCUGGGAAACAAAACACCAAUGAUCAAGAACAUUCUUGUAAGUCCGCCAUCUUCUGACGUCCGAUGUGUGAUGAUCUCUGCCCCUGCAGAGGACUUAUCCCCUCAAGCAAUCCCACAGCCAGAUUUUUCCCUUUCUUCAACACCAACACCGCCCAGCUUUAGGUCAUCAAAGGAUAUUCAAGGUAAGAGCCCAAUCAUGAAAAAAUGGGAGAGCCAAACCUCUGAAAAAUGCAAACAUUCAAUUUUCGCUUCCUGUUCCAACGGUUCUGCCAUUAGGACAUACCGCACGAGGUUUGAAGCAGAAGAGUCUGUCACCACACAAGCUGAAUCCAGUUUCCUUCUGCAGGGGGUUGGUGCACAGAGACUCCACACCAAACGCCAGAACAAUGAAAGUGACAGUAGCAUCAAGAGAGGUUGCUAUGGUGAUCGGAACAGACAGUUUAAGCCCCAAACUGCAGAUCAUGAACUACAGAAAUGGGAUGAAAGAUGGAGAUGGUGUGCACAAAACCAAGCGGGCAUGCCAGAGGACUGUGUCAUUCAGAUGUCACCAGCAAGUUUCAUAGACCAGGGUAAGGGGUGGGGUGGGUUUCCUUUUGAAAGUACAUGCAUGUAUGUUGAAAAUGAAAUGGUUGGAGCACACUGUAGAAGACGUGGCCCCCUACACAAUCCUGUAUAAAUGGUGUUUAUGGCACCAGAUGCUCAAUGGCUGAUGCCCUUUAAGUUUGUGAUAUUGUUUAUUUUAUGGUGUACUAUCUUUUUAAGAUUACUUAUUCCAAUUCAAGGCUAGCAUCAACAGUUUUGAUCAGUUUAAAAUAUUUUUUGCUGUAUUUGCGUGGAUGUAUAAGAAUGUUUGUGUGCAAGUUUUGAUGCCAGAUCAUGUUUUGUAAAUAUAUAUUUUAACUCUGUAAAUCUUGUAAAUAACCUGUAGUGGCUUUGUAACUUAAGUGAACCCAUAUUUAUCCAGACUUGUGUUUGUAAAGGGCUUUGCAUAAAGUACAGUCCCAAUUUUAAGAAAGUGAAAUACUUUUAGUUUUCCUUGAGAUGGCUUGGAUUACCUUGUUGAAACCUUUUACUGAUGUAUAGUGUUUGUGACAGAACAUAGUACCUUGAGCGGUCAACAAGCCUAUGAUCUGUAGAAUGCAAAUGUGAUAAUACACAAGAGAAGCAGGAAAGUGCAAGAAAGCAAGAUUUUACUGUAAGCUUUUAACAUAGGGUUCUUAAUAAGGUGCAUGCGAAUGACUGAGGGUGAUAAAGCUGUUUACUAUCGCACAAUGAAGUUCCAGAACUUGUAGAGCAACAAUGGCGAUGUUUAAGUGUGUAAAUAAACAGCCUG